AUGAUGAUGCCCGUUCAGCGCCUCAACUCUCUAUUUGUAUUGUUGGCAAUUCUCUUGUCGUUUCGAGGACUUUUCGUCGACGCGAGAAAAGACGGUAAUCAGACGACGAAAUUGCCAACUACUACGCCAGCGAUUCGCGAGGGAGACAAAAAAUUACAUCAACUGAACAAGCCGAAAGGAGAUCCGUUGCCUUUGCUUCCUUUGCCUGAUGGAAAAUCGUGGACCAACACGUGGACCAACACCGACACGAGAACAUCGUUUCGAUUGUGGAGGUAUGUUCAUCAUCGUUUCACAGGCGCCGAAGUGGCUGAAUGUAACGAGAAUGGCCUUCCAAUGAAGGUGAAACACAUCUAUUACUGGCCUGGCGACCAUAUUUCUUUCACGUGCAAAGUUUGUCAACGAGGUCUCGAUUCAAAUGGGAAGAUCAAAAUGUGGGGUUGGGCCGCAAAAGUGUACGACUUCUUCGAUCAUUACCAGAAGAAUAAGAAGUUGCAACACGCGGAUGUUGGCGUGCAAUUUUUGCGACUCAACUCCGAGAUCAAUAGAAGCCCGAACGAAUUCUAUGGACCAGAGGACUCUGAUCCGUCUUACAUGCCCGGAAAUCGAGAUCAGUCUAGAGAGCGCGGAUUUUUGCCCCAUAUGCGACGACAAACCUUCGAACAAAUUGGAAAAACUUUACAUAUUCAUAAUGCUGAAGCAAAGGCGGCUGGUGUGUAUUUUUGCUACGAUGACACCGCGAUCAAAUUGGUCCGCUAUUUCUAUAUUCUCCACGCAAUGACGCCGAUCAAUCGAGUCAAUUGGAUGGAUGAUGCUAAUUUGAAGAAUCGUUCUCAGCUGAGUCCGGAUAUGGGCAAAAUGGUCUGUGAAUCUGUGGGCAAAAAGGGUUUAUUACCGCCUCCAUAUCAAUGUGGCAAUGACUGCGGGAAACCGAUUUAUAUGUACCCGGAUACUCAAUGGAAAUUCAACUGGCGUCCCAUCAUCUAUAGACCCGAAAAUGAGCCUAUCUGUGAUAAGGGUCAUCUUAAAUGCGAACAAUAUCUGAAGCUUCACCCCGACGCCGGUCAACACCUAGCGAUACGAAAAGUGCCGGAGACGCCGAUACAUCUGUAUGCUCUCAAACGAUCGAUCAUUGAGAAAAGAUUCUACACGAAUGUGGCGUUGGCUUUUCGAUGGGAGCCAUGGAGUAGAUGCGAUUCGGGAAGAACACAUCAAGGCCGAGAGGGACACUGUGUUUUGGAGCUCGUCGAUGGUAAAAAGAAAACGAACUCGCAAAAUACUCUUCUUGAAGUAUCGAGGUGGAUGUCCCGAUUGGAUAGCAUUUUCAGGCUUUCUGGAGGAAAGAAUACGACAUUUGUGAGAUUGCACAGCUCAACUGUGAUGACGAUGAUCAUGGAUCAACCAGUGAAGACCGAUUGGGGGCCGAGAGAACGAUCGGGGAGUGUUCGUAAGAUUGACAAUUUUUAUGAACAAGUAAUCUUUCCCUCAUUGGACAUCCCCGGAGAACAAUUCGACCGAAAGAAAUUCACAUUGAACAACGAGUGGAGGGCUUGUUUUAAAUACAAACACUCGGGAGAAAAUGCGGGAAGUGAUGGAUUGUAUUCGGAUAUUGUUGGCACCUAUGUGAUCGAAACAAAGAUGUGUCCC